AUGCCUAACCCCACCUCGUCCGCUGCUCCGCCUAAUGUCGUCCUGGGCACCGCCUCGUUUGGCACCGGCACCCCCCAGGCCAAGUUUGAUUCAGACGAAGCCGCUCGUCCACUGCUCCAGUUGCUCCGCUCCCACCACAUCUCCGCCCUCGACACAGCCCGUGCCUACCCCGUGGGCAAUCCAGGCUCUGCUGAACUGGUCCUGGGCCUCUGCAAUGCCGGCGCCUGGGCAAACAUUUCCACAAAGGUCACCUCGUGGCAGCCGGGCUCCCACUCGCCCGACAAGAUUGCUGCCUCCGUCUCUGCCAGCCUAGCUGCUCUGCGUGUUGACGCCGUUGACAUCAUGUACCUGCACUCGCCCGAUCGUGCUACGCCCUGGGAGGACACUUGCGCUGCCAUGAACGAGCAAUAUCUUCGCGGUCGCUUCAAGCGCUUCGGAUUAAGCAACUACACGGCAGACGAGGUGCAGCAAAUCUGCGAAAUUUGCCACCGUAAUGGCUGGGUUCGGCCUAGUGUUUAUCAGGGUCGUUAUAACGCCAUCAUUCGCAGUGCAGAGGACCAAUUGUUUCCCGUCUUGAGAAAGUGGGGAAUGGCCUUUUUUGCUUACAGUCCCUCUGCCGUCGGCCUGUUCUCGGGAAAUAUCAACAAAGAUAGCGUUCAUGUGCCCGGCUCCCGCUGGGACAAGACGACUCCAUUAGGCCAGGCAUAUGAGCAGGUAUACCUGAAACCGGAGCUGCUCGACGCGGCAGCCCGCAUCGCCGACAAGGCCCAGGCAGCUCAAGUGGGGGGUCAUGCUGUCGCCCUUCGGUGGGUCAUGUACCACUCUAUAUUGUCCGGUGAGCAUGGUGAUUCCGUCAUCAUUGGCUGCUCUACUGUCAAGCAACUCGAGGACAAUUUGAAUGCUAUAGAGGCCGGCCCAUUGAGCGAUGAUCUUGCCCAUUCCAUGACCCAAGUGUGGGACUUGGUCAAAGACCACGCUGCCCCAUAUCAUCUGUAG